CCCAAAGUCAAAUGACCAUUUACGACAAACACGCGCAAUUGUUGAAAGAAACAGAGGGAAACGUUUCUCAUUCCAGAAAAGGGAUUAGGGUUCUACCGUCGUGGCUCCAUUUCCGUCUGUUUCUACCCUCCUUUGUACAGAUAGAGAAAAGACUUCGGUCAACAGUUGUUUGUUGUGAAGGCUGAGAAUCGAUCUCCUGUGGCGAUUUGGUGCAGGGGAAGACCAAGGAUGACGACGCGACUCCGUGAAUCCACUGCUGAUAGGAUUAGCAACCUCCCCGACGGCGCGAUAGAGCGGAUUCUGGUGUUCUUGCCGAUAAAAGAUGCAGCUAAAACCAGCCUCUUGUCAAGAUACUGGAGACAUCGUUGGAGAAGUAUUCCUCAACUUGUGUUCGAUGAUAGGUUUGCUCCACUUGCUAAAAAAGCUGGUGGGAAGGAUGUAGUGAUGAAAAUUUACGCAGCUCUGCUGGCUCAUGAUGGGCUGCUGACUAAGUUUGAGCUCUCAAUUCCUGGAUAUAGGCGCCACCUUCCGCUUGAUCUCUUGAUGCUUCACCUUUCUAGGAAAGGUGUCCAGGAGCUUAGCCUUCUCUUCGAGGACUACGGUUCCCCCAAUUUGCAUUCCUCCCUGUUCUCUGCAGCCUUUCCCCUGAAGCGUCUUGAACUGAAGGGUUGCGAAUUCACGGUGCCAUCUGGGUUUGCAGGAUUUAGUAAGCUUACCUUUCUCCAAUUGGAAAACGUGGGUCUGCCCGAGGAUUUCUUUGAGAAUGUCAUUCCGAAGUUCCCGCUGCUGGAAGAGUUGAGGGUUGCAUACUGCGACGAUACAGAGCCUGUGUUUGAAUCACAUUCUCUCAAAGUUCUUUUCUUCCACUCUAGCUUUAUGAAUAUUUGCUUCAAGGAUACCCCUGUUCUUUCGGUGCUAUCAGUGCUAGAUACCGAUUUGUUUUGUGGGGAAGGAGAACCAUCUGAGGAUGAUUAUUUGGAUAUGGUCCCUUUCUUUGCAUCUCUCCCUGCAAUUCAGCAGUUGAAUCUUGGCAUUGAAUUGCUACUAUUGCUUGCUGCUGGUUGUGUCCCCUACCGGCUGCCUACAGAUCUUCACCACUUAGAAGUCCUGGCAGUACCUCGUCUUCGUUUGGAUAGGUUGCCACAGGCCCGGAUUCUUGUUUGUCUGAUCAUGAGUUCGCCCAACUUGCAAACACUCACCAUUCAGAUUGAUGAUGAUCGUCAUCAUCCGCCUUCAGAGGUUGUUGCUAGCCUACAACAGUUGUUGGAAGCAGACGACCAACCUGGAGUUUGUUGCCUUCAACAUCUUGAAGAGUUCAACAUUCAGGAUGGCCGUGGUAUGCAAGUCGAGCUAGACUUGGUGAGGUUUGUACUCGCCACUGCCCCGAAGCUUCGUAGGAUCUCUAUUAAGCCGCACGAUAAGCUGUCUUCUGGAAAGGUUUUGAAAUUCUUGAAGAAUGCAGCAUUAUGUAAACGUAUUUCCAGAGAUGCUGAGCUUAGAUAUGUCUGUGAAGAUGAAGAUGAGGAUGAGGUCGAGGAUGCCACGAUCCAGGAGGAAGAGGAGUCGAGAGAGCACUUGUAUUUUCAAUGCUCGUUCUCCAAAGAAGUGGCUGCUUGCGGAGUAAAUUUCCCAAUUCCUCUGCAGCAGACAUGGGAAGGGUGUUUGGAGGAUGCUUGUGGGCGAAUUAAGGGGAAUACUGAGAUUGGUAGGGUAUAUGCAGUACCAUGGAGUGCAAUUGUAGCACGUAUUUGAGAUAGAGAAAAAGACUUCGAUCAACAGUCGUUCAUUGUGAAGGCUGGGAAUCGAUCUCCCGUGGUGAUUUGGUGCAGGGGAAGAGGAAGGAUGACGACGCGGCUCCGUGAAUCGACUGCUGAUAGGAUUAGCAACCUUCCCGACGGCGCAAUAGAGCGGAUUCUGGUGUUCUUACCGAUAAAAGAUGCAGCUAAAACCAGCCUCUUGUCAAGAUACUGGAGACAUCGUUGGAGAAGUAUUCCUCAACUUAUGUUCGAUGAUAGGUUUGCUCCAAAUGGUAAUUUAGCGGAUGAUGGGAAGGAGGUAAUGAUGAAGAUUUACGAAGCUCUGCUGGCUCAUGAUGGGCUGCUAACCAAGUUUGAGGUCUCAAUUCCUGGAUAUAGGCGCCGCCUUCCUCCCCUUGAUCUCUUGAUGCUUCACCUUUCUAGGAAAGGCGUCCAGGAGCUUACCCUUCGCUUUCCGGACGACGAUUACCGCAAAUUGCAUUGCUCCCUGUUCUCUGCAGCCUUUCCCCUGAAGCGUCUCAAACUGCAGCGUUGUGAACUCAAGGUACCAUCUGGGUUUGCGGGAUUUAACAAGCUUAACCUUCUUGAAUUGGAAGACGUUAGUUUGCCUGACGAUUUCUAUCAGAAUUUGCUUCCGUGCUGCCCGCUGCUCGAAGAGUUGAGGGUUAUCGGUUGCACCGGUGAAGAGCAUGUGUUUGUCGCGCCUUCUCUGAAAGUACUAUUAUUUCACUCAAGUCUUCUUAAAAUUUCCUUCAAGUGUACCCCGCUUCUUUCGGUGCUAUCAGUUCUAGACACUGAUGAAUAUACUUUUGAGGAAGACUCCUUUCUGGACAGUAAUUCGGAUAUGGUUGGCUUAUUUGCAUCUCUCCCUGCUCUUCAGCACCUCAAUCUUGGCAUUGAAUUGCUGCUAUUCCUUGCUGCUGAUGAUCAUGUCCCCUACAAGCUUCCUCAACCUCUCCACAACCUGAGAUUCCUCGAAGUACCUCGCAUUCUGUUGCAUAGGUUGCCACAGGCGCGGGUUCUUGUUUGUCUGAUCAUGAGCGCCCCCAACUUGGAAAGACUCACAAUUCGGCUCGAUGAUAUUGACGAACAUCCGCCUUCAAAGGCUAUCGGUAGCCUGCAGAAGUUGUUGGAAGCAGAGGACCAACUUGGAUUUUGUUGCCUUCAACAUCUGGAAGAGGUCAACAUUCAUGACAGUCGUGGUAGGCAAGUCGAGUUGGACCUGGUGAGGUUUGUUCUGGCCACUGCCCCUGUACUUCGCAGGAUUAACAUUCAGCGCAAAGAAAAGCUGUCUUCUAAAAAGGCUCUGAAAUUCUUGAAUGAGAUGAUAGUAUAUAAGCGUAUUUCAAAAGAAGCCGAGAUAAAAUAUGUCUAGAAUGGCGAGUUUGAAACUUAGGUUGUUAAUCUAAUUUAUGGUGCUUCGUCUUAUGUUUCAUUUUCUAGUUUGCAAAUGAUGUGAGGGUGCUUGAUCGAACUUAGUUUAAGUGCAGAAGGUUUGCAGGGUGAUUGUUAUUGUUAGAACUUAUUAGAACAGAAAAAGGAGGUUGUUCUUAGUUGUGACUACUUGCUAGCAUUGCUUUGCAUCUUUGCUUCUAACCUAGCAGCUAGCGCCAGCACCACCCUUAGUAGAACGUAUAACUGUUAAUAGCCUUAUCUACACAGUAGAGUUGUUUGGCUGCAUCUUUGGUGGGUAAAAGCCAGAGAAUGUGCUCGAUCAUGUCGAUAGGAUGAUUACUGAUUCUGUCAACGAUGCACAACGUAUGUUCAUGGUUGUUUUGAGAAGAAAAGUAUCGAUUUCGAGAAAGAGAGGAAUGCAAAAUCCGUUAUCUGUACUAGCA